UGUGUAGGUGACGUACUUCCGCUCCGCAUUUCCGCAGCUGUGUGCUAGCUGCUGGCCGGCUAGUCCUUCCUCUCUGUUCAGUGUUUAAAAAUGAUUAGUGGGGGGAAAAGCGCGGUGGUGGCCGGCGUGUGCGGAGCUGUGUUCGUUGCUUACUGCUUCUAUUUCGACAGGAAGCGGCGGAGUGACCCUCAGUUCAAACAAAAGCUUCGAGAGCGUAGAAGAAAGCUGAAUUCUUCAAACAUAAAUUCUGGGGAAUCAAAGUUUCCAGAUUUGAAGGACGCUGAAGCGGUGCAGAAAUUCUUUUUAAAGGAGAUCGAGCUGGGAGAGGAGCUGCUGUCACAAGGUGAAUUUGAGAAAGGCGUCGACCACCUCACCAACGCCAUCGCGGUAUGUGGCCAACCUCAGCAGCUGCUCCAGGUUCUCCAGCAGACUCUGCCUCCUCCCGUCUUUCAGAUGCUGCUCACAAAAUUGCCCACCAUCAGCCAGCGAAUCGUCAGCUCUCAGUCUUUAUCAGAAGAUGAUGUUGAAUGAGUUUGCGGAUGAUCUUCUCAUGAUUCCAGAUUUUAUUUUACUGUUUGAUCCCAGUUUGGGGUCAUUUAGGGGAUCACGAUUUAUGUUUCCCCAACUUUUCAUCCACUAGAUAUCAUGUAUUUUUUGAAUGUACUGAUUUGUUUGAAUGUCGACAUUAAAGAAGACUUUAAGUUUGUCUGAAAA